AUGGAAAUUUAUGAGAAUAAAGAUUUUAAUUCAGAUGAUGAUAAUGCAACAGUCAGAGGUGAUGAAUCAGAAGCAGAACACACUGAUUUCCCAACUUUUAGUAAUGAUGAUGGUAUCAAACAUAUGGGAUCUAACAGUUUUGAUAAUGUUGUUAACAGAAGACCACCUUCAAAAAGACAAUUAAUAUCAAAGUCUAAUAUUGACAACAACGACAAUGAUGUAAAACAAAAGAAAAUGAAAAGUGACAACAAAGAUAAAGUGACAAAAACUAAAAGAUUGACUAGAUCACCCAAUAAACAACUUGCAAUAAAUAAAUCUUUAAGACUUCAAAGUACACACAACAUUUCUAAUAGUAAUAAUAGGCGAAAAUUUAUUUAUAAAGUAAAUGAAAUAGAUAAGAAUGAUAUUUUUGCUAGAGAUAGAGCUGGUCAAACAAAUUUAAACAGAGCAUGUCAAGAAGGUAAAUUAGAUAGAGUUAAAUAUUUGAUAGAUAAAGGAUCUGACAUUAAUGCAUGUGAUAAUGCAGGGUGGACUUCACUUCAUGAAGCUGCAUAUCAUGGAUAUUUAGACAUUGUAUAUUUUCUGUUAGAAAAUGGAUCAGAAGUUAAUGCUAUUUCAUAUAAUGAAUUGGACACCCCACUUCAUGAUGCAUGUGCUGAAGGUCAUGAAGAUAUUAUUAGAGCGUUGUUAGAGUAUGGAGCUGACCCUGAAAAAACUAAUGUUCAUGAAAAAAAACCUGGGGACUACACAAACAAUAGCAAAAUUAUUAAAUUAUUGGGGACACCUGUGGAAGCUGUUAAAACACCUGUUAAAAAGUCAAACCUUGUAUAUUCAAACAAAAGACCAUCAAAUACAUUAUUAUUAAAAAGUAGUGGUACAAUUGGAGGUGAUGAUGUUCAAAUUAAAAGGCCUAUAAUUUUGGAAACAAAUGACAUUUCUAAACCCAAACCAAAAGGUUUUGCAAACAAAAAAAAUUUAGUUAAUAUACCGGAAAGUCAGAAAUCCAUUCAAAAGAAAUCACCAAUUCCAAACUCUAACAGUGUUACUAGAAAUAACAUUGUUAUCAACAAUUAUGGUAUUAUCAAGAAAAAUAAAAGUAGAAAUGUAAGUUCCAAAUUUUCUAAUAAUGAUAUUUUAAGAAUGGAUCUUAAAAGUAGAGAUUUAUCUGGUAGAGGUCAACUUCAUAUUCAUGCCAAGAAAGGUAACAUGGAAAUGAUAGGAAAUUUGAUUGAAGCAGGAGCUAAAGUCAAUAUUACUGAUAAUAAUGGACGUACACCAUUGCAUGAGUCUGCAUAUGAAGGUCAUUAUGAAAUUGUGAAUAUAUUGGUUGCAAUGGGUGCAAAUAUAAAUGCCACUGAUAGAAAAUUCAAUACACCACUUCAUGAUGCAGUCAAGAAUGGUCAUACUGAUGUUGUGGAAGUUCUUUUAUUAAAUAAUGCUAAACCUUGUGAGAAAAAUAUUGAGAAUAGAAUGCCUUUAGAUUUAGCUAAAUGUAGAAAAGACAUUGUUGAAUUAUUAUGUAAAGUUCUUCAACUAAAUCCUGAGGAUUAUUUGCAUCCUAUUAUUAGCAAUAAUAAUAAUGAAAUUGUAGAAGAAAUUAAAAUUGAGCCUCAUGAAGAAAUAUUUGAAUUAGAAGUGAAAGAAGUAUUAAUAGAUAACAGUCAAACAUCAUUGAAUUUUAAUGCAUUUGAAGAGCUUCCUCAUACACCAGAAUAUUUGAAAAUGGAAAUAAAAGAUAAACAUUCUGGACCAUUGUAUACAGUUCAACUGAACACUGGAAUUUCAGGAUAUCCACUUGCUGCACCUACCACUCCUGCAUCUGGAACAUUAUUUGUUGUGGAUUUACAAGUAGAAUUAAUCCUAAAUUUGAAAAUAAGCACAUUGACACAAUUAUAUCCAAACCUUAUUAACAGACCUAUCUCAUUAAUGGAAAAAGAAAGACUCUGGCCAUUAUUGCGUUCUAUGAUAUGGGCACCAUCAAAAUCUAUCAAUCCUUCUGAAGUCGUUGCAUUGGAAGAUCAAAGAAAAUCAAAAUUCUUAAAAGUUCAAAUGCAUUUUAUAACUCAUGAAGAUGCUAUUAAAUUAGUCAAAGAUGAAUUGAAAAACUUUUACCUUACAACCGUUGAAUUGGAUCUGUCAGACUAUCCAAAUAUGGAUGAUGAUAAAAUUAAGAUUAAUGAAAACAAUUAUGGUAAAAUGGAAAUUGAUGAUGAUGAUAAUAAACUCCUUCCACUAACACCAAUUUCACCUACUGCACCUAAUAGAAUACUAGCAAAAGAUAUUACCACAGUUUCCGAACCUUUUAUUGGAUCUGCUAAAAUUAGCUAUACAUUGAGUAUUAUUGGUGCUGCAUCUGCGAAUACAACCUUUGUUCCAGAAUUCAUUAAUUAUUUAGCAGUAUUAGAGAAUAUUUUACAAUGGAUAGAUUUAUCAUUUUAUAUUACACUGUAUGACGUGAAAGACGAUUCACUAAGUCGUAGCGAAACAGAGGCCUUGGUCAUGUCAUAUUAG